GAGACCUGUGAGAAGGGAACUGCUGAAGGGCUGCCCCAGCUCAGGCAAAAGCAUUUUGGUUACCACGGGUUUGGUGUAAAACACUCUUAAUGAGGUUGUAAUUUCCCCACGCUGUUCAACUUCGGUCUGAGAAGGAACGUGACAAGGGGAACGGAUCGUGGGCACGCGAUCUAUUUAGGAGCUCACCAGCGAUUUUUCGGGCUGUGUUUUUUUGCAGAGCAAUCCGGGGGCCGGUGGCGGGUCCUGCUCGUAGCUUCCCUGCCGGAAUUGGCUCCGAUUCCCUCCUCACUCUGCUCUCGCUGUGCAGUGCUGCGUGGCGCCGGCAGCCUGAGCAGAGGGAGCUCCAGCCCCGCGCAGCAGCUCCGGCCGCCGCCAGCAGCUCGGAGCCCCCAUCUGCAGGGCGGGUGGUGCCGGGGGGAGGCGAGGGGAAAAUAAAAUAAAGCCAACACCCGGGUCAAUGCUCGGCUCCGCUCGCCGCCGGCACCUCGCUCAGUGAACUGGAAGAUGGAGAUGGAUGUUAAGGGAGUUUCUCCGUGCCCGGAGCCCAUCCCCCCGGCGGCGGGGGCUGGCGGCUGCCCGCACCAGCGCCCGCACCACCGCGAUGGGCAGCCCUCCGAGCCGGCCCCCGCCGCCGACAGCGGCCACCCGGAGCGGCGGCACAGCAGCGACAAAGAGGACAAAAAGAGAACUACAGCCAACAAGACUUCAAGUGCUCCUUCCUACAGCAGAUGGUCCAGUUCACAGCCCCAUCAGUCCAGCUCCACAGUGAGAACGUACCAAAACAGUAAAUCAAGAGUGACCAUGAGCCCUGGCUUUAGCAACCAGUGGAAUAGCAGCCAACCUGCUUGGAAUACAUACACCUUCCCAAGAGCAAGCUUGCACUACCAGUCCCAUGCUAGCUACACCUACUGUGCUGGACAUCCUACUCAGUCCUAUGCACCAGCUCCCCACCCCAUGGCUCCUCCCAGCCCCAGCACAAACAGCAGCAACAACAGCAGCAACAACAGCAGUGGAGAGCAGUUGAGUAAAACCAACCUGUACAUUCGAGGCCUUCCACCCGGCACCACUGACCAGGACCUUAUCAAGCUGUGCCAGCCGUAUGGGAAAAUUGUAUCAACAAAGGCAAUUCUUGACAAAAACACAAAUCAGUGCAAAGGUUAUGGUUUUGUAGAUUUUGACAGCCCGGCAGCAGCACAGAAAGCAGUAGCAUCUCUCAAAGCAAAUGGCGUGCAAGCGCAGAUGGCAAAGCAACAAGAGCAAGAUCCCACAAAUCUAUACAUCUCAAAUUUACCUGUUUCCAUGGAUGAGCAGGAACUGGAGAACAUGCUGAAACCUUUUGGACAUGUCAUUUCCACCAGAAUAUUGAGAGACGCAAAUGGAGUCAGCAGAGGAGUUGGCUUUGCCAGAAUGGAGUCUACAGAAAAAUGUGAAGUAGUAAUUCAACAUUUUAAUGGCAAAUAUCUGAAAACCCCACCUGGUCUACCAGAGUUAUGUUUAUGUAACCAGUUGUUCUUGCUGAGCUGCCAUUCAGCCCCCACUGAGCCUUUACUGUGCAAAUUUGCUGAUGGAGGGCAAAAGAAGCGCCAGAAUCAAAGCAAAUACACACAGAAUGGAAGGCCGUGGCCCAGAGAAGGAGAGGCUGGCAUGGCUUUGACUUAUGAUCCAACAGCUGCUAUACAGAAUGGAUUUUAUUCCUCACCGUACAGUAUUCCAACAAACCGCAUGAUUCCACAGACAUCAAUCACGCCAUUCAUUGCUGCUUCCCCUGUCUCUACAUAUCAGGUCCAGAGUACUUCAUGGAUGCCUCAUCCGCCAUAUGUUAUGCAACCAACAGGUGCUGUGAUAACACCAACAAUGGACCACACUAUGUCAAUGCAGCCAGCAAGCAUGAUGGGCCCACUGACCCAACAGAUGAACCACCUUUCCUUGGGCACAACAGGAACGUACAUGACUGCUGCUGCACCUAUGCAAGGGACCUACAUUCCCCAGUACACUCCUGUGCCUCCAACAGCUGUCCCUAUUGAAGGUGUUGUUGCUGAUACUUCUCCACAGACAGUAGCAUCUUCAUCACAGGAAGCCAGUGGUCAACAGCAACAGAUGACAGUGGAAACAUCCAGUGAACAUGCACCUGCAUAUUCUUACCAACAGUCUAAACAAUAAACAGGACUGAAGAAUGUCGGUCUGAAAUCAUUGCCUUGAAUGGAGAAACUUCACUGAACAAGAAGUUGGCUUCCAGUUUGCACAGGCGUCAAAUGAAUGCUUUCUUUUUUUUUUUUUUUUCUACCUUUCCCAACGAAAACAAAACAGUGUUUUUAUGUGCUGUGCAAAUGGUUCCGUCAUGUAGUCUGACAACUUUAUUUUUGCUAUUUUUUUUUCGUUGUUGUUGUUGAUAACUAAAGAAAAAACCCGAAGGAAAAAUGCUGGGUUGACAUUUCAUCUGGAUGAACAUCUGAAUUCCGAAUUUACCCGGAGGUGUAGCUAGAUAUUUUUUUUUAACACAGAAAAACUGAUGAUGUCAAGAGGGAGCAAGUUGAGAUGAAAACCAAUUGUCUUCCUCAACAAUUAAGCUACUCUUUUUCUCUCUUUUUCUUUUUCUUCUUGUUUUAAAUCUAGAGUGGUUUUUGGUUCUUUUGUUUUAUUUUUGUUUGUUUUUUUUAAAAAAGAAAUGUUUAGGUAAGGUUUAUCUUGAAUCUUAAUUGCCUUAAUUUUAAGGACGUCAAAGGCUCUCAAGGCAAGCUGUCAACGUCUUGUUAGAAAACCCGAGAAUGAAUUGAAACUGCUCACACCGGUGCUGGUGCAGAAGAAGUUUAAUAGACUGAGUUUUUGGGGUGAACAAAAAAUAAACUGUACAGUUUAAAAGAAAAUGAUUUUCUUCUUUUGAAGAAAAGUUGAUGAUAAAGGAACUGUGGCAACUGAAAGGAUUGGAAAAAUGCUGGGACUUUUAUGAACUUUGUCUUAAGUGUUGACAGAAAAAAAUCUAGAAGGCUAAAGCAUUUUACAGUAAAGUUAUUGAAUUGAGAAAAAAACUUGCUGCAUUAUAGGGAAUGCAGGGGUUUUUUCUUGCAGAAUGCAGAUUUUUUUAUUUACAAAGCGUGAUCGCUAGCGAAAGCAUUAGUGCUUUUUAUCUGCAGUCUUUUUUAUGAGCUUUAAGAAGUUUUUAGUCUGCUUUGCUUGUCACAUUGCAAAAACCUAGCUUAAGAGCAUUAAAAAAACUUAAGUAGAUAGGAGCUUAUGGUCAAAAAAGUGCAAAAAAAAGCAAUAGAUAGAAGAAAUUGUUGACAAUUUCUGUAGUCUUUCCUAGUUGUGAACAAAUGCAGCCUAUGGAUGGCCUAUUUUAUACCAAAGAUGAAGUGACACCCUAACGCAGUCCAGAAGAUAGAGGUUUUGUUUUUUCUUUCUUUUUUUUUUUUUUUUUAAUUUUUAUUUGACCUACAUGGCCGGACCAGUUCUUACUUUCUUGUUUGUUUAAACUAUCUUCCACUGGUGUUUUACAUACUGCAUAUGUUUUUAGUGGAAAUUUCAGAAUAGUUGGUAUUUUAAGUUUGUUGAUGGUGUGCUUUGGAGAGCAUUGCAAAGCAAGUGGAGUGAGUUACCAACUAAUCUGUCCAGGUGGGCUUUAAUUUUGAUGAGUUUUUCUGUUAAAUUGCCUGAUCUUUGGUAUUUCUAUUGAAACAACAGUCUUCCUUCUGAAUUCCAACAUACCACAGAUUCAUUUCUUCUCCUCAGUCUUUGUCAUCGUCCAGCAUGCAUAGCCACCUUAAUUCUGUGUUCAUUUUUCACUGAUGCAUUUUAAUUGCCAGUUAAAUGCAACAGAAAGCAAACUUGAUCUUUGUUCUCAUUUUAGCUCUCCCGUGCAAGCAGAAAUGUUGAAAAUGACUUAUGCUAGUGUUGUCAUCCAGGCAGGAAGUUAAUUAUUCUUCUCUGCUAUGAUUUCCGUUGUCUUAAUAUGUUGGCUGACAAUCACUAAUUAGUAUGAUUAGGCAGAAAAGACACUAACUAAAUUGAAUCCACUGAAACCUGUUUUAAGAAUGACAGAUAUUUUCCAUAGAGAAGUUUGGAUUACAGCUCUUGAUUUUUCCAAGCAACCAAAAAAAGUGAAAAGCAAGUCAAAAGGGGAUUUUUUCCUCAAGGAGGCAGAAGAGAAGCAGCAUUUAAAUAUGUACACACAUACACGUAUGUCUUUAAGUAGAAAUUAAACCAAACAUCUUUAAACUUCUCUCCAUCCAGAAGAGAGGGGAAGCUUCAUCACAUUUAUUGUGGUGCAUUAGAGACAGGGUAUCCAUUAAAAAUAAUUAAAUUAAAACGUAUAUAUUGGUUCAAUCUGAUUCAGUCACACCAUUCUGAAAAGAGAUCUGUUUCCCUAAACUGACUUUUAGGGGAGAAAGUACACAGUUAUUUUUUUAAAUUGAUAAAACGAGAUCAUAUUUUUUAAUGUAGUAUGGGGGGGAGGGGGUUUCCCAAGUAAAUGGCUGCUAGAUAUGCAACGUAUAAAAGAUGGGAAUGGGAGUUCAUGUGGUUCUUCACCAUAGGAAGAAGGCCUGAUUUUCAGAAGUGGUAAAACUUAUGCUUUCUCCAGAGUAGCUGUUGAUAUUCAGCACUUCUGAAAACCAGAUUAUGCCAAAGUAAAAGAACAAUACCCAGAACCUGUUUUUAAUUCAGAAAAAAAAAAAAAAGAAAGAAAGAAAAAGAAAAAGAAACAACACAAAACUAACAAACAAACAAAAACACAUAUACAUAUAAAGAAACUCAAACAUCUCUUUCUGUUCCACAUGCUGUCUCAUUACUUGUUGCUUUUUGAGAGUGGCACUUGACUUUUGGCCUUGGAUAAAGGUUCCCUCUUUAUUUGGAGGGCAUACGGGGGAGAAAUCAAUCUAGCCUUAUUUUCUUCCUUUCUACACGUACUCUCUUUCUGUCUCUGAAUUCUUUGUACAAAUAGAGAUAACCCCAGGCACAAUUCAGUUCGAUAUGAAAUAAACAUAUUUGUUUCUGUGUUAGUUCUAAUGUGACAUACAAAAAGUCUCAUUUACUAUCAACAAUGAGGCUACAAGGUAGCUACCAUGUGGCUGAUGAAUAUGCUGAGGUACCUUCUUAUUUCUAUUCAGAACUCUGCUGCUUUAUUUAUACAUUCAGAAACAUUUUUGUUAUUUUUUUCAGCAAACAAAUUUAAGCAAUCUCGGUGUUUUUUAUUAAGCCAGGCAGGCAACAUGGUAUAACGAUGCCUGUCACUUUAAAGUGUUUCAAGUGCAUUCUGUGUUAGAAAUGUUCCUUUUUUUUUCCAUGCUGCAAUGUUUAUUAGUGUAUGAAAUCAAAAGAAAAAGAGCAAAGAAAUAGAGGAAGAAGAGGAAAGAAAAUGGAUUCCCUAAAUACGAUUGAUUGUCUUACUUUUCCCCAAAAACAGUGAGCUGGUACUUGAAAGACUACGAAUUAUAAAAAAUGUGAGAUUUGAGUAUAAAACAGUCAUAAAUAUUAAGGUAAGAAAAAAAAUAUCGGGAACAUACAAAUUGUAUGGAAAUUGGUAACUUAUUUGUAAAAGUUACAAGUUGAGAUAAAAGAGAGCAGUUGAAAAGCAAUACGCUGCAUGGUUGUUGUCAUAGCAUUAGAACACUUGGUGGCUUCUGAACUCUAAAACUGGUGUUCUUCAUGUUCAGGCUAAUAAGAUUUAUCAGAAAGUUUGUUAUAGUUAUCUCUUUCAGUUGUUGGUUGGCUGGUUUUUUGGUUGUUGGUAUUUGGGAGUUUUUUGUUUUGGUUUGUUUUGUUGUUUUGUUUGUUUGUUUUUUUAAGAUCAGAAUUUGUAGAGUCAAUGUCUGUCUUGCCAAUUUAGCUUUAAAUAUCAUGAGGGUUCCUGAAAGGUUGCAGAAACAACUCUAGAAGUCUAAGGCAAUGGUGCCUGUCCCAGCGGUCUAGAAGCAACAUCAAAUCCAUAAGCUGAACUGCGUAUGUACUUUCCAUCACACCUAAAUUCUUGUAAAUAGUCGAAUCUGAAUGUUCAGGUUUGGUAUUUUUGUUUUUACUUUAAAAGAUAAAUACAGGAGGGGUGUCAGAGAAAUACAAAAUAUGGCUAGAAAAUCUGAAUACCUGGGCUCGUCGGUUAAGAUUGAGAAAAAAAAAAAAUGGAUACAGUGCAACUAAAGAGAGUAUUAUAUUUGCAGGUGCAGUGUAGAUCGGGGCACUGAAAAUUCUUGCUGUUCCCAGUGAGAUUGCUGAGGGACUCUUCCUAUCUGGCUCUACUGCUGGUUUUGUAAGCACUUUUCACCUGUGACAGUCAGGCCUCAAAUUGUGAAUGUCCUCCUAUUGCCUUCCAGUGAAACAGACUCUUGAAAUGUCCUUAGCUUGUGCUUACGUGUAUAGUUCUGUUUACCAAGAGACUGCCUUGGUUGUGUUGGUCAAGAAAUCCACCGUAAUACAGAAUGAGGCAUAUCUGAGAGCAAUUGCAUCACAUUCUAUUAUCUUCUGCUAUGGAUGCAUGCCCAACUGUGGAAGAUAAAGGCUGGUUAUUAGAGAAACUGAGGGCUUAAACUUUCAGUGGGCAAUGGGCUGAAGCACUCAAAUGGAUUUUUACACAGGUAAAAAUCAAACAAAGGGUAUUAUUUAUGUAUGUAUGUGUAGCAAAACUCAGCAAAUUUGAGGAAGCCUGCAUUGUAAUAAAGUUUAUUUUUAAUAUGUCAUAGUAUUUGGAUCUAUAUUAUGUUGUUUAUGGUACUGAAGGAUGAUACUGAUGCAAAGUGUUGAACAAAUUGCUGUGCUUCAUGAUUUUAAGCUUGAUGGUGCUCCUCAUGCCACUUCAUUUUAAUGCUGAGGUUGACAUGAGCAAAACAAGGUUUAGGCAGAUUCACUGAACUCCACGUACAGUAAGAGUCAUGCUAAAGAGUGAUAGCGUGCUUAAAGUAAUGAAUCAAUCCAUUUUUCGUGGUGAGACCAAAUGUGGUAGUUGAAGAUAGUAAUUUUUGAUGCACACAUGGUCAACGUUUCCUUUCAAAACUUUAUUUAACAUGAAAUUGGCCCCAAAACAAAAGAAGUGUCCUAGGGUAAGGGAUUUUACAGAUCUUUCUAGGUAGCCCAUGUGAGCUGAGGAAAUAGUCACGGUGUGAUGGAAGUGCAAAACAGAAAAUAAGAAAAACACUGGCAUUUGGUGCAGUGGUCUUUUCUGUUAGUUGACAAUUGGCUUUAGUAAUAAUGAUUCUUUUCAAUUCUGAUAUUCAUAUACACAAUCAUGCACGCACGCAUUCUCAGAAGGAGGGCUGAGUGACUGGCAAACUUCUCCUCUCCCUCACUGGAGCAGAUUUCUGGAAUCUUAGCACGCAGCAAAGAUACAGUGGAAGGAGAGUUGUUUACCUGCAAAAAAAAAGCACCAGCUUUUUCUAUACUGCUCCUGUCACCCACAUACAUCAGGACUCUGUAUAUACCCCAGAAAUUUAUUCACCUUUGUGCCUCAAAGAAGGCAGAAGAAGAGACCUUUUCUUCUCCCCUUUAUUACUGUUCUGUGUUAAAAUUAGCAGUAAAUUGAGAAAAAAGAAAAAAAAAGAAAAAAAAAAGAAGAAAAAAAAAAGAAAGGAAAAAAAAAAAAAUUGUCCAAAAAGUGGAAAGAAAGAAAAACAGUUGCUUUAGCUUUCCAUGAUGACAAAAAUGCUUGUCUUCAUUUCAGUCGCUCAAGAUUUCAUUCUCCAACAGUGACAGUUGUGUUCUUUCACUUGUGAUAAGUAAAAAAAAUAUCAGCCUUUGACAGGUUCACAAAUCCAUGUUUCCUUGUAGAGCCAGACUCUGCAAGAUGUAAGCACCUUCCAAGAUCUGGAACUGUUAUCCCAAGAGAGUAUCUGCCCAAUGAUAAUUUCUGCCUUUAAGUGUCUCUCUCUUGGAUAAUAAUGUUAUGAAUUUGGUGGAAUUUGCAGGCAGUUAUAUUUUUAAAAGCCCAAAAAUGCAGCCUAGAGAAGAGAACGUGAUGUUUAUGUAACUAAAGUAUUAUGAAAUAUGCUGUAUUCCAGAGUGGAGGAAAAUUCUAUCUUUCAGAGGCAAAACAUUUUUAUGUAAAAGCCAGGAAGCAUACAGAAUUCAUAUAGGAACAUCGUAUUGUUUCCUUUUUAAAGGAGAAUGAGCAGGUUCUGUCUAUAAGGAAAAUCAAAGCAGCUUUGAAAGCAGAUGAACUUCCUAUCAAGAAAUGUGCAUCACAGAAAUGGGACAGAGGUUCUUUAAAGCCCUUACAGACCUCACUGUAGCCAAAAUGUAGAAUACAGAACCUCCGUUAUCCAUUAAAUUAUGAACCUUAUUUAUACGGGCAUCUGUGUGCUGAUGUCUCAGAAUGUCUUUGAAAGAUCUGUACUGCUAUGGUUUUGUUUUGUUUUUGUUUUUGUUUUUUUUAUGUUUUCCAUUUGUACCACAGUCCUAAUAGCUGCCAUUUUCCCACUCCUGGGGCUUUCUGUAGAUCAGUGGAUGUUAGGUUUAAACUUCUGUUUUCUUUGAUGAAGCUUUCAAUAAAAAAAUAAAGAAAAGA